UAGACGGCAUGUUGAUGCAAAGGUCACCCAGCCGCUAUAUCUUGUCAGCCUCUAUGAUUUCACGUGCAAGCUGUUCUCGGCGGAGAACUGCAUUGGCGUUCCAGUUAAUUUUCUACUUUAAUGCAUAAAACGAAGUUUUCUACAGAAAGUAAGUGGAACGCCAUUUCUCCGCAAAGUUCUGGAGUUAAUAUCUCGAAACUGGUGUCAUCCUGAGAAUUCGUUACAAGUGGAUCCGUCUUGCGAACUCCCCGGCUAGAAUUUGUAAAUUGCAAUAUGUGCCAUAAGGUAAUUAGAUAAAACUUAAUUGUUCAAUUUUUGUUAAUUCGUCGAGUAUGCAUUUCAAUUUUUUUUUUUGUGCACGUAAUGUGUGCCUCUUUGAGUAGACCAGCUCAUGGACUAGAAUUGUGCUAUCUGCCACAGGCAAUUAAACAAUUUUUUUAUGUGUUCGCUGAAACACCCUGUGUACUUGAAAUAUAUAGUAAUUAAGCCUAUAUAUAUCGAGAAUCUACUAUAUCUGGCUUGAAGAUGAUGAUCCUAUAUAUAAACGUAGGACGUGCACCUGACUGAGGUUGAUGUCUCUCUCUGGGGCAGGCCUCGGACACCGAGGUGGUGUGGGUGCUUCGGCUGUGCGUGGUUGCCGUGGCCGCUUUAUCGGCCAUCAUGGCCGUGGCGGUGCGCUCGGUCUACGACCUGUGGGCGCUGAGCGCCGACCUGGUGUACGUGGUGCUUCUGCCCCAGCUCCUAGCCGCCGUGUUCUUGGGCCGCCGGUGGUGUAACGCGGUCGGUUCAGUGACCGCCUUCACUUUGGGCCUGGCACUGCGCGUUCUGGGCGGGGAGCCUGUGCUGGGCAUUCCGGCCAUCAUGCAGUAUCCGCUCUACGACGACGGCAGGCAGCUAUUCCCUUUCAAAACGACCACCAUGCUCCUGUCCGGCAUCACGCUGCUCGCCGUGUCCCGCGUGGCCGAUUGGGUCACCGGCUCCAAGCGCACCAGUCACCGCGAGACCCCGCCUUUGCCGGCGUGCAAACUGCCUAAAGAGCCGGCGCUCACUUCUAACGACUUGUGGAAAUAGCUAGCCAUAUCAUUGUAUAGGGACCACUGCAACAUUGCUUCAUCGUUUGACAACACCGUAAACGGUCCCCGAGACAUGCUGUGUUGAAAAACUGCAACCUGUAUUUCUUCCGCGGCCGCAUAUUCUAGGAUUUUUGCUCCUGAAAAAAAUGGCACUGGACGUCGCAUGCAAAGACAGAAGCACGUGAGGCGUCAGUUGUCUUUUCACGCCUACAAGAGUCGCACGUAAUUGUGAUGGGCACGUGCGCGUGUGCACCAGGCAAACUGGACGUGCGCCUAGUUAACCUUCUUUCCUUUCCUCUCUUCGUUGUCCUUCGCUUGACACUGCGCAUAGACGAACAGCUCGCUGCGCGUCACCAUGUACAGUCAAGCGCCUCUACAACGAACGCCUGUACAACGAAAUGACAAGUAUAACGAAGGAAUGAUUCUGUCCCGAUUCUAUCGUGGGUUGUGCGGUGUGCGACCUUUACAACGAAUUGGCGUGUAUAACGAAUGAUUUCAGAGGCCCCAAGUACUUCUUUAUGAAGGUGUCCGACUGGAGUUGACAUUGUGGACUGUUUCGUGGCAAGCAAAUGCAUGUACGCAUGAAGGUA